AUGGCGCUUCUAGAGAAGUCGAGGGAUGCCGAUUACUGUGGGCGUCGCGAUUAUAGUCAUAUCCUGAAGACGAAAGCCUGGGGCAUGGUCGGGGUGCAUGUGCUGUGGUUGAUGUCUAUGUAUGUGCGUAUACCUCGGGGGUGUCUAUGUGCAUGCCCUAGUCGAGCGGACAGGCCUACCAACGGCUGCAACGCACAAGACAGGCUCUGGGCGCGGGUGCAGACGUGGAAUUAG